CUUGGUUCUAAUCUACUGAUUUAAAUGGUUUCUACUUUAGUGUCCUCUUCACGUCCAAAUCAUACUCCUACUGCUAGCUAUGACGUGUUUCUAAGCUUCAGAGGUGAAGAUACUCGUCAUACCUUUACCGAUCAUCUUUAUCAUGCAUUAGUUGGAGCAGGACUUCACACUUUCAGAGACAAUGAUGAAAUCGACAGAGGUGAAGAACUCAAGCCCGAAAUAGAGACUGCAAUAAUCCAAUCCAGUGCUUGUAUAGUUGUUUUGUCGGAGAACUAUGCCAAUUCCAGAUGGUGCUUGGACGAGCUUUGCUUGAUCCUCGAGCAAAGGAGGAAGCUCAAACGUUUCGUUUUACCUAUUUUCUAUCACGUCGAUCCCUCAGAUGUCAGGAACCAAAGACAAAGUUUCGCUAUCGAAGGGUCAAUAUGGACAUCACUAAUAAAAGUUGCAAAUUUGACCACUUGUUUGGCAUGUUUUGGCAUAGAAGCAAAAGAAGGGUCAAAAUGGACAGAAGCUAAUGUGAGGAGGUGGAAGGCAGCAUUAACAGAGGUUGCUAAUUUGACUGGCUUGGAACUUUCAGGUUCCAGGUCUGAGACAAGCUUUAUCACAGAAGUGGUUGAGACUGUUCAGGGUAAAAUAGAUUUGAAACAACUGAGUUCUCCAGCCCAUUUAACUGGAAUGGAGGCUCGAGUUGAACUCAUCAAUUCCUGGUUCAGAAAUAAGCAAUACAAUGCUAUAGCAAUUUGUGGCAUGGGGGGAAGUGGCAAGACAACACUCGCCCAAUACGUUUAUAACUUAUACAAGCAAGAUUUUAAAAGUAGCAGCUUCAUUGAAGUGACGGGAAACCAAUCUGAUGGUUUGCUUGGGCUACAAAAACAACUUCUUAGAGAUGUUUUAGGUGGAAAGAAAAUAAAAAUUUCUAGUGUUUCUGAGGGUACACAUAAGAUUGAGGAGGUCUUACAAAUGAAAAGGGUGCUUAUUGUUCUUGAUGACGUUGAUAAACACGAACAGUUAGGUGCUUUACUUGGAACAAAGGCGUUCCAUACACAAAGCAAGAUCAUUAUUACAACAAGGCUUCUAGAUUUGCAUGCCUGGUUUGGGUCCAUAUCUUGGAGGUGUUUGGUGCACAAUAUCAAGUUACUGAAUGAUCUCGAAUCAUUAGAGCUCUUAAGUUGGCAUGCCUUUGGAUCCAAGAUCCCCAUGGAAGGUUUUGAGGAGCUCGCUGUUCAACUAGCACAAUAUUGUGGAGGAAAUCCCCUAGCUCUUAAAGUAUUAGGUUCUUCUCUAUUUGUUAGUAAUGAAGAUCCUAGCAAAACAAAUAACAUGAUAAAAAUUUGGAGAAGCAGAAUGAGUUCACUUAACUCUUUGAAAGGAGACCUUGAUUGUAAAAUCCACGGUGUGCUACAAAAGAGCUUUGACUCCUUGCCACUUCCAAGUCAGAAAGAGCUGCUUCUACAUAUUGCUUGUUUCUUUGUUGGGGAAGAUGUUAGUUUUGUGGAAAUGAUAUUAGAGGAUGAAUUGUAUGCAAUAUCUGGGAUAUCGACUUUGGUUAACAGAUGUCUUCUUACCAUUUCACCUGAUCGCAAACUGAUGAUGCAUCAACUGCUUCAGGAAAUGGCGAGAAAGGUAGUUUAUGCAGAGUCUAAAGAUCCUGCAAAACGUAGUAGAGUCUGGCAUGAUGCUGAAUCUUACCAUUUACUGACAAAAGGAAAUGGUUCAGAUACAAUUGAAGGUCUAGCACUCGACAUGCGAAAGGUUGAACAAAGUGCAAGAUCAAAGACGUUAGCCCUUAAAACAAGUUCGCUUGCAAAAAUGGACAAACUUAAAUUGCUGCAGCUAAAAUAUGUGACACUCACGGGUUCCUACAAGAAUUUCCCGGAGUUAAUAUGGUUAUGUUGGCAUGGAUGUCCUUUGCAAACAAUGCCCACUGGGUUAUUGAUGAGCAGCUUGGUGGCUAUAGAUUUGACUGAUGGACACUUGGAAAAGUUUGAACCACCUAUGGUUCUUAAUUCACUCAAGAAACUAAAGCUUAAAGGUUGUAUUAAACUUGCUAGCAUCUACAAUCUCUAUCGGCUCCCGAAACUUCAAUCUUUGACCCUCUAGAACUGUAGCAGU